AUGGCUUACCCAAGCUCAGAGCACACUACAACUGGACGAUCAGACCUGACUUGUGUCUUUACGUACGAAUUUUUCGGCGGGAAGUUACAUGAAGUUCCCUGUUUCAACGAUAGUUAUUCUUGGAUUAUAAUACAGAGAAGAUACGACGGUUCUACGUCAUUUUACAGAAAUUGGACAGAUUAUGAAAACGGGUUCGGAUCUGUUACUACCGAAAUUUGGUUAGGUAACCAGUACAUCCAUGAACUUACAACCGUCGGAUAUAACAUUUUGAGAAUUGAGCUCACUAGCUUUGCAGGGGAAGUAACACAAAUAGAAUAUGACUUUAGCAUAGAUGACAAAGCCAGCAACUACAGACUUCAUAUUUCUGAACGUGGAGUCUCUGGCCUAAAUAGUCUGGAGACCAGCGACUUAGCAUUAUUCUGUACAUAUGACAAAGACAACGAUAAUAUAAGAACUACAAAUUGUGCUGAAUUAUCAGAACAUGCCAGUGGUUGGUGGCACUCAAAAGCUGCAUGGUGUACCGAUGGUAAUUUAAAUGGAAUAUAUACAAACGAAUAUAAAAAUUAUCAGCAGGGAGUAUAUUGGUUUGCGUGGGACAAGCAAUGGACUCUCAAAGAAACAAAAACGAUGCUUAGAAAACUGUAACACUAGCGUUUUUAUUCGUUUUCAUUGUUAUGUUUGCAUGGUUUACCGAUGGUAACCUAAAUUGAGUCUGUUAUAACUAGCAUGUACAUUUUCAACAAGUAAUCUAUUGGUUUUGACGGGAAAGGCAAUUGACACCCAGAGAGACAAUAAUGACCUUAGAAAACUUUGAAAACUUGCGCUUUCCGUUUAAUCCG